GGUGCAAAAACCCGCCGCCGCAUCUCAGAAGAGGACGUGCAUGUGCUCGCCCACCAACCACCCCGGUUCUUUCAGAUGCAGCCUGCACAAGGGCGUCGCCAGCAACAGCAGAGUUUCGAGUAGCUCGCAGUCAGCGUCGUACGGGAGUUCCAGCAGGCUGAACAUGAGGCGCUCCGCCAUGAAGAAUUCCCUGGUGCGGAUCGGGACUGUGGAGGGAGAUUUGGUGAAGAGGGCUCUGGCCGCUUUGAUUCGCCCGUCGUCCCAUCAACAGCGCCGCCGUGGUGAGUUUCGGCCCCGCCCUAGCCGCCUCUCCGUCAUGUCAAAGGCUUAGGUUUAGCUCUGGUUAUUAGCUCAAUCACUAGCUCCGGCGUGGUGACGCCUGGUCACGGUGGAGAUGACGUCAGCAUGGCGACCGAGUUACGGAAAUUUUUUAUGCUCCGGUGACCGAAAACCCGCGGACCCGAACCGGAUCCGAAGGAUCCGACAUACUUUGAAUUCGACAGUUUGUAUAGUAUUAUAAUAGUCGUAAUGAUGAAUCAAAAUUCAGAACCUAAUUUGCAAACCAGAUCCAAAACCGAUUUAAAUUCAUAAUUUCAACUUAACUUUAAUUCCCUUCCCAAUUACGGGAUUGAACUGAAGAAAUUAUUCACAGCACUUACUGUCUUAAAAUAUUUUAUUUAAUUCUUUUUGGCUCAGUUAUAAUUAAUUAAUCAUCAAUUAUCAGACCCUCAAAUUUAAUUAAUUAGUUCAAUUAUUUGAUUGG